GGUUGCACACCCGGAAGCGGGUGCAAGCCAGCCCGCUCGCCUUGGGGGCCAUGGCAGCGGCGACUGCAGCCGAGGGGGUCCCGAGUCGGGGGCCUCCCGGGGAAGUGAUUCAUCUGAACGUGGGAGGCAAAAGAUUCAGUACCUCUCGCCAGACACUCACCUGGAUCCCAGACUCCUUCUUUUCCAGUCUUCUGAGCGGCCGCAUCUCGACGCUGAAAGAUGAGACUGGAGCAAUCUUCAUCGACAGGGACCCCACCGUCUUCGCCCCGAUCCUUAACUUCCUGCGCACCAAAGAGUUGGACCCCAGGGGUGUCCAUGGUUCCAGCCUCCUCCAUGAAGCCCAGUUCUAUGGGCUCACUCCUCUGGUUCGUCGCCUGCAGCUUCGGGAGGAGUUGGAUCGUUCUUCUUGCGGAAAUGUCCUCUUUAAUGGUUAUCUGCCCCCACCAGUGUUCCCGGUGAAGCGGAGGAACCGGCAUAGCCUGGUGGGGCCCCAGCAGGUGGGAGGACGCCCAGCCCCUGUUCGUAGGAGCAACACGAUGCCCCCCAACCUGGGCAAUGCAGGGCUGCUGGGCCGAAUGCUGGAUGAGAAAGCCCCUCCCUCCCCCUCUGGUAGGAUUCUCUCUCCUGGGACAUGGAGCAGGACCUCUGGGCCUGCUCUGAUCCCUACCUUUCCCCACCAAGGGCAACCAGAGGAGCCGGGAAUGGUGCGCCUGGUGUGUGGACACCACAACUGGAUCGCCGUGGCCUAUUCCCAGUUCCUCGUCUGCUAUAGGCUGAAGGAAGCCUCCGGCUGGCAGCUGGUGUUUUCCAGCCCCCGCCUAGACUGGCCUAUCGAGCGACUGGCGCUCACAGCCCGUGUUCCUGGAGGGGCUUUGGGUGAGCAUGACAAGAUGGUGGCUGCGGCCACAGGCAACGAGAUCCUGCUGUGGGCUCUGCAGGCAGAAGGUGGUGGCUCCGAGAUAGGAGUCUUCUAUCUGGGAGUGCCUGUGGAGGCCUUGUUCUUCGUCGGGAACCAGCUCAUUGCCACAAGCCACACUGGGCGCAUUGGGGUGUGGAAUGCCGUCACCAAACACUGGCAGGUCCAGGAGGUGCAGCCCAUCACCAGCUACGAUGCCGCGGGCUCCUUCCUCCUUCUGGGCUGCAACAACGGCUCCAUCUACUAUGUAGAUGUGCAGAAGUUCCCCUUGCGCAUGAAGGACAACGACCUCCUUGUCAGCGAGCUCUACCGGGACCCUGCGGAGGACGGGGUCACCGCCCUCAGUGUCUACCUCACCCCUAAAACCAGUGACAGUGGGAACUGGAUUGAGAUUGCCUAUGGCACCAGCUCUGGGGGCGUCCGGGUCAUCGUGCAGCAUCCUGAGACAGUGGGCUCGGGGCCCCAGCUCUUUCAGACCUUCACUGUGCACCGCAGCCCUGUCACUAAGAUCAUGCUCUCAGAGAAGCACCUCAUCUCAGUCUGUGCCGACAACAACCACGUGCGGACAUGGUCUGUGACCCGCUUCCGAGGCAUGAUUUCCACGCAGCCCGGCUCCACCCCGCUCGCUUCCUUCAAGAUCCUGGCACUGGAGUCUGCCGAUGGGCAUGGAGGCUGCAGUGCUGGCAAUGACAUUGGCCCCUACGGUGAGCGGGAUGACCAGCAGGUGUUCAUUCAGAAGGUGGUGCCGAGUGCCAGCCAGCUCUUCGUGCGUCUUUCCUCCACCGGCCAGCGGGUGUGCUCCGUGCGCUCAGUGGACGGCUCACCCACAACUGCCUUCACGGUGCUCGAGUGCGAGGGCUCCCGGCGACUUGGCUCUCGACCCCGGCGCUACCUGCUCACCGGCCAGGCCAACGGCAGCCUGGCCAUGUGGGACCUGACCACCGCCAUGGACGGCCUCGGCCAGGCCCCUGCAGGUGGCCUGACCGAGAAAGAGCUGAUGGAACAGUUGGAGCAGUGUGAGCUGGCCCCGCUGGCAUCCUCGCGGGGCUCUCUUCCUAGCCCCUCUCCCCGCACCUCGGUCACCAGUCUCCACUCAGCCUCCAGCAGCACCUCUCUGUCUGGCCGCCGUGGGAGCCCUAGCCCACCUCAGACUGAGGCCCGGCGCCGUGGUGGGGGCAGUUUUGUGGAACGCUGCCAAGAACUGGUGCGGAGUGGCCCAGAGCCCCGACGGCCACCAACACCAGCCCCCCGGCCUUCUGCGGGUCUUGGGACUCCCCUUACACCCCCCAAGAUGAAGCUCAAUGAAACGUCCUUUUGAGCAACUGUCAUGGUGCCUUUCGAUACCCUGGUCCCGAGGGACUCGGGUGCCUCCCUGCUUUCUAUUGGAGUCCUGGGGUCAGGGCCAGGGCCUCCUUGGAGUGGUCACUGUUACAAGAUCCCCAUCUUCCCUCUUUUCUGGAAGUCAAAACCAUCCUCCCCAAUAAAGUCCUCACUGCCAA